GUAUCGAGGAGGUAGCUCCUGUCCAGCCCACAGAGGCUCGGAUGAGGAAGUAGCUAGUUUCACUGGUCCGUGCGCUGAAUAGGACAGCAACAAAAAAGUCUCCCCCAGCAGCCAUGAAGCUUCGACUGCACUGUGUGGUGGACCCCAUGGGCUGGCUGUGUAUCAGCAUGGUGUUUGGGAUCUGGCUCUACAACUCUUUCUUUAUCCCGAAACUGGUUCUACAUCCACAUUACAAUGAGGGACACAUCCCGUGGGCCAUUGUUGUUUGUUAUUACAUAGCAUCAGCGCUCUGCAUAGCGGCCCUAUUCAGAGCCUCCACAGCAGAUCCUGGCCGUCUUCCUGUGGACCCCCACAUACCUCACUCUGAGCGAGAGCACUGGGAGUUGUGCAAUAAGUGCAACUUAAUGAGGCCCAAAAGGUCGCACCACUGCAGUCGUUGUGGUCAUUGUGUACGCAGAAUGGACCACCACUGCCCUUGGAUCAAUAACUGUGUGGGAGAAGACAACCACUGGCUCUUCCUGCAGCUCUGUUUCUACACUCAGGUCCUCAGUUUGUUCACCCUGGUGCUGGAUUUCUGCCAGUACUAUUACUUCCAGCCACUGACAGGACUAGACCAGGAGAAGUUUACAACACGCCAUGAACUGGCUCUGCUGCGGGUCUCGGCGCUCAUGGGUUUGGUCAUGUUUGGUGGCAUGAGUAGCUUGUUUUACACUCAGAUGACAGGCAUCCUCUCUGAUACUACCACCAUUGAGAAAAUGGCUCAGUUCUCAAAUGAAAUAUAUGGCUCAAAGAAAGCAUGGCAGUGGGCGCUAGCUGAAGUUUGCGGCACUCGCUGGAAACUCCUGUGGCUCAUCCCGCUCCGAAGCAGGCAGCCGAUCCAAGCCAGCCACCACUUCCGCACCCACGUGUAGGCUGGUGACACUACAGUACCUCCUGCCUGCACAGAUGGUAGGGGCUGCCAUGAUGAAACACUGUAUACACACUUAAGAAUCCAUCUGCUCGCCUUCACCGUCCUCUUUUGUGCUAUGGGAGCUGGGCAGCAGUCUUGGUUUGUGGAUACUGUAAGCUUUUUUUUUUUUUCUUUUUCUUUUUUUUUUUUUUUUGCCUUUCUCUACAAGGCCCAGACUGGCAGUAAACAGGGUCAAGAAACACCUAAGGGAGUGAUGGGAAAAUGUUGCUUUUUUACUCACUGUGACUGCUACUUUCAGCAUUUGGAAACCACUUUUAAUGGCUAAUUGAAUCGGAAGGAUGGAAGUCUUCACCUGAAAACGGCGAAAGGGACCCCUCUCAGGUUACAUUAACAAAGAGCCUUCACUACUGACCUUUAAUCAGCUCCAGGCAGAUCCAGUGUAUCUAUCAGAAAGGCAUUUUUUGUAUAAAGUUUGUGCCUUGUUUCUUUUACAUAUGUCUUUUUUUGUCAUGCAUGAGCAGUGUUUAUGUGUUUAUGUUUUCUGGUUGGUGAUCCUCCAGUUUGGAGUAUUCUUGUGAUUAGUGAAGGGAUCUGUUGUCAACUGCAUUCCUUUAAAUGGUGAGCAUUUGAUGAUUCAUGAAUGUUUUACUCCGUUGUUCUAUGAACGUUUUAUCUAUGAAGUGAUGUUUUAUGAAGCACGGCCACAGAACAAAGUUCACAACUUGAAUACUGAUAUGUAAUACUUUUAUGACACAUGACCAGCAGGGUAUGAAGAUGUGUAAUAGAAAGAAGACAGUUAACACUUCACCAUGCUGUGGUAAAAAUCAAAAAUCAGAAACAAGUUUGUAUUAUCAAUCUAAGGCUGUAUAUGUUGUAAUCAAACCUGCUGUACAUUCAAGUUGUUUCUCUGAGUACAAAAAAUUCAACAUCAAGUUUAGUAUGACCUGAUCACGAACUGUUGUGAAGCUCCUAUUGAAGACGUUGAGUGUCACAUACUAUGCUCAAGAUAACUUAAAUCAUUAUGGGAAAUACAGUUUUUGGCUUUCUCGCCAGUGGCGCCCCCAAGGGGUGGACCAUGGCCUCCCUAAUACAGUUGCUGCCCCCCCAGUGAUAUUACUGUCUCUCAGAUACUGUGGUGUGUUCAGGAAGAAGUAUCUUGUGAAACCAGCCAACCCAAGGCAUCCAUUGGUACCGGGCAUGUGGGCAUAGCUUGUCAGGAAAAGGCUAAAAAAAAAUGCUCCAAAGGUAGGCUAAAUUUUGGUGAAGGAACAAAUGGCAUGGCCUUUUCAAAGGGGUCCCUCAAACUGUCACCUGAAGAUAUCUGAAUGAAAAUGGGUUUUAUGGGUACCCGCUAAUCUCCCCUUAACUUGAGGUUUGUUCCCAGUAAAUGUCCUUUUCCUUACAAUCAAUGUACUCCUUCAAAUUAAAGUUGUACAUGUCUUAUUGAGGAAAAGGAAAACCAGCCAUUUGGAAGAACAAUGAAUCGCUUAACAUGUGUCCAAACAUAACACAUUAGGGCCCCAAUCACACAGAAAGCAUUUUAGUAGCUGGAGGUGGCUUUUUGUAAUUGUUUUUAAUGAGAAUGGAACCUUUUGCUUGCGGUUUCUGUGUUCUAGGCACUUAGCGUUUUUGCCACAGCGCUCUGAACUUCAGCUCAGAGCAGAAAAGCACCCCGCGUCAUCUCUUUUUCGUCAUCUUUUUUUCCCAUAGUCUAAUAGGAUGGUUUGAGAGGCGGGCCUUUUGUGGUGGUCACGACAACAAGUUUACAGUUGGUAAACAAUGGAGGAGAAACUGGUGAUAGCAGUUGCUGGACACCCAAAGCUAUAUGACCCUAUGUUAGACAUCGGGUUGUCAGACUGCCCCUGAGUCAUCCUAAAAUAUGCCUGGAAAUGGCUAUCAUCGAGGUGAAGCCCAUGGACCAACUGAUGGUACUCCCCGUGAUCCACCCUCUUUAUUUUGGUGUGCCACCACAAGAUUUUAAGUGAACACAGCUAUGAAAAAUUUCUGGGGCCGCCACUGUUUCGUGUCAACAGUAAGAUGAGAGGAACGAUGCUGACUUGCCAGAAAGUGAUAUCGAUCUUCUCAUCUAAUUCUAGCCAAGAAAGCUAAUUCCUGUAAUCCCCAAAAUACAGAACUGUUCCUUUAAAUCAGUCUGUUUAGCAUAAGUCUGCUCUGUCAACCAUAGCACUUACAAUGCAUCGGCACAAAUCACUUUGGAACACGACUUUAAUUUUAUUAUUCUUGAAAAUAUAAUUUGUGAUUUAUAUUUAGCAUUUUAGUGCUGUAUCUGUCAUAGUUAGGUCUUAAAUGUGUCUGAUAUAGUGGCUUUAUAAAUGCGUAUCUUUAUCAGUAAUAUAAGAACUAGCAGAUUAGCUAUGUCGUGACAGUACAGCUAGUUAAAGGUUGACACAACUCUGAUUUAUUUAUAGUGGUUUUGCUGUAUUGCUAUGGUACUGUUUAGAGAUUUUAUCGAAUUCUUUCACGGGAUACUUAAGGAGGAAAUGAUUCAGUGCAUAAUAAUACUGGCAUAGCGUGGUUGUCAUCGUCUAUAAUACUUGGCAAUCCCAUAGCUAAACCUGUACGUAAACAAAGCUUGCCAUGUGUGGGAAAUAUAACAAUAUCAAAGUAGUUUAAGUGCCUUUCUAGGUCUUCUUUUUACUCUCACGGUACAUCAUCAAUAUGUUGGUCUCCAUAGAAACCAAAGACCUGGGGAAAUGUUGCAAUAGUCAGAAAGCAUUCAGUAAAUGCAUGUUUCACCAAAUUUCUGAAGGUAGCGGUUCAAUAUUAUGCACUGAUUUUCACACGAGCACACUGCAUCAACUGCAUCAGUGGUACUCUUGAAAGUCUCCACUUAGAGUUAUUGUGUUUAAUGUGUAUCUGUUUUAUUCAUAUCUUAAAUCACAUCGGUCGCAUCUGCAUGAGUGUGUGUUGAUUGAACUUUGCUCAGUGGUUUUUAUAACUCAGAUUCAGGUUCUUGGAUGUUUGUGUGAAUUAUUAAUGUUUUUAUGUUUUGGUUUGUUUGGUGGUGAGAUCAUUGGUGGGCAGAUCUGUGUGACUGACAUUAAAUACGGGGGCACUGAUAGAUUAUAUUCACUUUCUUUUACAAGUAAUUUUUGAAAGCAAUAAGCAUUGUGUAUGAGUAAAGCCAUCCAAGUUGUUACAACAGUAGUGAAAAUCUGAUAUGUAUUGUGAAGUAUGUAAACUCGAAGGAUGAGUUUCACUUGUUACUCACUUACCAGUGAUUACCUGACUUAAACAUGUGUCAAUACUUCAGUAACUUUAGAGAGGAUUAAUACUACUGUAGCUGCUGUGUAUAGUUUUCCAGUAAAUCUUCAAUGAACAAUAUGCCUCAACACCUCAUGUUGUCAGAAACAACAACAGACAGGCUACAGAGAGUUUGAUUUAACAACAAGAGCUGCAGGAGUCUGAGGUGUGAGCACCUCACAGCAGUCAUCUGGUGUCCCCCAGGGCUCUCAGCUUGGAUCUGUGCAGUUUUGUUCACAUUGUUCAUUUGCUGUUUUUGGAAUUUGUUUUCAAGCUUUUUUUAUCAUUAUUUUUAUUCAGACCUCAAACACUGGAGCAGUUACGUUUUGUGAAUUAAAUUAUACACCAUAAAUAUGUUAUCCAUUUCUUUAUGUCUAGAAAGCCUAUAAAAAUGUUAGAGAACUGUAUUGUGGUUAUAUAAAAUAUA